UCUAAACUAGCUUCCCUUUGUACACAGCGUAGACCGAGCUCCCUGCGUGCACCGCGCGCUGCCAGAAGCGCGAAGCAGAAGUAAGGAAAGGGGAAUUGAGGAGAGGAGAUUAAGUUGGUUCAAGAGUACAUGUCCAAGCUGGCCACCGCUUGGUAACAAGGUACAACUGACUGGUUUCCUAAAGCUGUCUCUCAGGAGGAUGUCUGAAGUACUGUGUCCCAGGACAAUACACCCGAAGGAAGAGGAAUUUCUCCCUCAGCUUCUGCAUCUUAUUGGUAAAAGAAGUCCCCCAGAAUCAGCAUGUCCGUGACUGAGGAGGCGAUUCUCGGAGGCCAUGGCAGCCAUCCUUCUGCUGGUGGCAGUUCUGUGGUAUGCUUUGGACAGUGUCAGUACACAGCCGAAGAGUAUCAGGCCAUCCAGAAAGCUCUGAGGCAAAGGCUGGGCCCAGAAUACAUCAGCAGCCGAAUGGCUGGAGGCGGCCAGAGGGUAUGUUACAUUGAGGGUCACAGGGUAAUUAAUCUGGCCAAUGAGAUGUUUGGUUACAAUGGCUGGGCACACUCUAUCACACAGCAGAAUGUGGAUUUUGUUGACCUUAACAAUGGCAAGUUCUACGUGGGAGUCUGUGCAUUUGUGAGAGUCCAGUUGAAGGACGGCUCAUAUCAUGAAGAUGUGGGCUAUGGGGUCAGUGAGGGCCUCAAGUCAAAAGCCUUGUCUUUGGAGAAGGCAAGGAAGGAGGCGGUGACAGAUGGGCUGAAGCGGGCGCUGAGAAGUUUUGGGAAUGCACUUGGAAAUUGUAUUCUGGACAAAGACUAUCUGAGGUCACUAAAUAAACUUCCACGCCAGUUGCCUCUUGAAGUGGAUUUAACUAAAGCAAAGAGACAAGAUUUUGAACCCUCUGUGGAACAAGCAAGAUACAGCAGCUGCCGGCAGAACGUGACUCUGGGACCCCCGAAACCACAGGAGGUGACCUCCCCUUGUAAACCAAGCCGCUCAGAUGAUCCCCACCUCGUGAAACAGGAAGACAAGGCCGGCAGCUCCCGAAGCCUGGCCUCCGCCAUGGAGAGCGAUGCCACGUACCAGCGGAAGCUCCGGCAAAAACAGUUGCAGCAGCAGUUCCGGGAACAAAUGGAGAAACAGCAAGUGCAACUAUCUGCUCCAUCAGUGGAAAAGAAGAAUCAGGCAGCACCGCCAGCACUUCCUGUGAAGCACAGCACCCCCAUAACUGUUUCUGAACCACACACGGAGAAAGACUUCCUCACAGACAGUCUUGGAAUGUGGGAUAUGGAUCCAGAUGCAGGGGACAGUGAUGUGAAGCCCUUGUCUAGGCCAGAACCACUCCAGACCCCUGCCACACCAGUCCUGAAACACCAGGUGGUGACCUGGAAUAGGACCCCACAGGACCUCUGUCACCAGGAUCCACAAGCAAAAUCUGGACCCAGGCAACUCCAAACUCACAACAGUAACCAAGAGAUAACAGUAAACUGUGAUUUCUAUGACAAGAACCAAGACUUGAAGAAAAGGAAACUGGAUCCAUCUUAACUGAGGCUCCGGUCACAUCAUUGGACUUUGUCACAAAAAGGACUUUCGAAAACUACUUUUUGGUCAUGAAAUUGUUCAUCAUUCCUAGGGAAUGAGCUUUAUUUCCAAGGAUUUACCUUGCUUCAUUCUGAACUUUACCUGAGGAUUUGAGUGUUGGAGCCUACUGCAGACAGAGCAGAGCAGUCAGAAAGCCCUUUUAAAAAGCUUGUCACACACUGCAGUGGGGAGGCUCUACGAUUGAACACCUUCUCUCUGGCUCUUGAGGCUCUUCUCUAUUUAUUCCUAAGCGCUUACAUUAGUAAGUAUAGGCAUUUCAGGAGUCAUCAGUGGCUACCUGCCUUCAAGCAAUAUAAGCCAUACUAUGAAGCACGGACUUUAACCACCACCUAUAUCAAGUUAUUGUUAAUGUCUGUCUUCUUUGAACUUUAGGUCUCCACAUUUACUGCCGGCCACACCACGCUGUGUAUCCUAAGAACAAAGACUAGAGUGGGGUUUCGCUACUUUGCAUCAAUCCAGCCUGCCAUCUUCAUCUAUGAUAAUCUCUCCUUUAUAGGUUUAUGAAGUCACUGUCCUGUGGUUUUUUUCCUUAUCAAGGGAAUGAUCUAGGACCAAAGAAAAGGCAUUUUAAGAAAGCAAAAUAAAUUCUUUUUAACAAAAAAUGUAA